AUUCCUUCGCUGAAUGGUGAGCGUGAUAUGACCUCCUCCCUGGUUCUAAAUCCUCGUUGGGCUGACACGGUUAUGUUUGUAUAUGAAAACAACUUGGAUGAGCUGAACAAGAACAUGGAAGGUCUGGUCGGUGCGGGCAAUUUCGCAACUAACCAGUGCAGAAAUCUAAUGGCUCACUCUGCUUUGGGAGGUCAUCCCUCUAGCCUUGUACACACCUCCAACUAUUCCAUGGAAGGGUCUGCUUCAGGUUCGGGGGAAACGGGCAAACAGUGUCCCCCGUGCCAGGCAGUUCCUCAGGGCUCCUCCGCUACGCCUCUUCCAUAUGGGUAUUUCGGUAACGGCUAUUAUUCUUGCAGAAUGGGGAGGGGAUCUUUAAAAUCCUGUACCCAGUCCAGUCCCCUUACCAGCUAUUCGGCAGCCGAAAAGUACAUGGACACUUCAGUUCCAACAGAAGAAUAUUCCAGUAGACCGAAAGAAUUUGCAUUUUACCAUGGUUAUGCCAACCCUUACCAGCCGAUGGCGAGCUAUUUGGACGUUUCAGUAGUGCAAACAAUCGGUCCAGGGGAACCUCGGCAUGAGACUCUUCUGCCAAUGGACAGCUUUCAACCGUGGGCGCUAACUAACGGAUGGGGAAGUCAAAUGUACUGCUCCAAAGACCAAAGUCAGACGGGACACCUUUGGAAGUCUGCACUAGCAGACGUAGUGGGCCACCAGCAAGACGGCAGUUCCUUCCGUCGCGGGAGGAAGAAAAGGAUACCUUACACCAAGGUGCAGCUUAAGGAACUGGAAAGAGAAUAUGCUGCAAAUAAAUUCAUCACCAAAGACAAAAGAAGGAAAAUCUCCGCACUAACCAACUUGUCCGAGAGACAAAUUACUAUCUGGUUUCAAAACAGAAGAGUGAAGGAAAAGAAAUUUGUGGCAAAAGUGAAGAACCCUGCUCCGUAA